UUUGGUUGCAUUGACCAAGACAGAGACGGUGUUAUCAAAAAACAGGACCUGAAGGAAACUUAUGCACAACUGGGGAAGCUAAAUGUCAAAGAGGAGGAGUUGGAUGAAAUGUUGAAUGAAGGGAAGGGUCCCAUCAACUUUACUGUAUUUCUGACACUUUUUGGGGAGAAACUUAGUGGUACUGAUCCUGAAGACACCAUACUAGCAGCCUUCAAACUUUUUGACCCCAAUGGAACAGGCUUUGUUAAUAAGGAUGAAUUUAGACGACUACUGAUGAAUCAGGCUGAUAAAUUCACAGCAGAGGAGGUGGAUCAGGCCUUCGCUCUCGCUCCCAUAGAUCCAACUGGAAACAUUGACUACAAGUCUCUCUGCUACAUCAUCACACAUGGAGAUGAGAAGGAAGAAUCAUGAACGGCACAGUUGUGUGAAGGCAUGUUGUAAAGUCCAACUAAACCCGUUUUACCUUGGCUGUUAAUAAUUUGACCUGUCUGCAGUGCAGUGUUGUCCUUGAGUUAGUGAAAGCAAUAAGCCCUAUGCCCAGUACAUGUGAACUUAACUGAAAUCUAAGCCCAAUGAGAUGUGGGAGGAAUUAUCAAGCAUGAUUUUAAGAUGGGGAAUCCUUUUCUGACACAUGGUCACAGGACCGCAUGGUGUGAGAAGAAGGUACGAAUUUUUGCUCUAGAAAUCAUUUUUAAAAUGGCAUAAAUUGUAAAUGACAGAUACGUGUAUGUGCUUUAUAGAGGAGUUUUGUCAAGUUUCAUGAAGUUUUUUGUAUAUUGAAUGUUCAGGAACUCAGUUUUUCUUUUCGUUGCUUCAAGGCAACGUUAUGAAAUAACGUCUUCUUGGAGGGAAACUUUGCUAACAUUGUGUUGGAAUGUAAUCGUAUGUUACUUCAUGUAUUUGUGCACAUAUUUGUGCUCAUUUUACAUGUUGCUGAUGUGAUGACUCUUGCACAUUGGGAUGCCAUCAAAAUAAGUCUCCCUUUCAGAGACAGUUGCCAGGCCACAAGAGAUAUGGGUGAUUAUGAUAAGCCAAGAUUCAGCCUCUUCUGAAUCACAUGAUAAUAAUAAUAAUGGAUUGCAUUUAUAUAGCGCUUUUCGGGACCCCUCAAAGUGCUUUACAAUACCACUAUUCAUUCAUGUCUCCUGUAUUUCUGUAAUGCUUUCGAUAUAAUUAUUGAUGUGUGUGGGCAACUGUGUAUGGCGCAUCUUUUAUUUUAUUUAACAACUUUCCUUUCAA